GCCAUUUUUGUGCGCGCCAAUCCUCGUUACAAUCGAGGUGUGCAAUCCAGUGCAAUCUUCAUAUUUAUAUCCAUUUGCUAACGAUAAGAAGUUAGAAGAUGUCGAGCUAAGGCUAAAGUCGCAAUGGAUUGAGGGUUUUUGACCUCGGAUGAAUAGUAAUUCAUCGUGAAUUGAGCGACUCUUGUUGGUCCCUUGUAAACAGGACUUGGGAUGCAACGUGAUUUAAACGAUGCUACCCAGAUUCCGCAGCAGCAGGCUCCGCAGCAACAACAGCAGCCGCAAAGGGUUCUAAGUGGUGAUUUAUCCCCUUUAGCCCUUGCUUCUGGUCUACAGAACCCUCUGCAGCAGUACCUUCUUGCUACACAAGUUCAGAAUGUUCAAACUAUCGUGCAGCAAGCUACAAGGCCAAAUGUUCUUGGUAUGGUUGCAGUUCCUUCACUAAGUCCAAGCAGAGCUCAACCAAACGUCCUCGCACAGCAGCUGACAGCGACUACGAGUAGUGCACCGUUGACACUGCCUCUUUACCAAGAUCAACUUGAGUUACAAAUUCAGCGCUCACAGACCUUCCAGCAGGGUACAACAACUGUGAGUGCAACCGGUGGAACUAUUCACCAUCAUGGUCAAAGCCCAACUAGAGGUAUCCCACCUCUAGCCAAUCCACAGAGCACAAAAUCUGGCCAACACCAAACAAGACGAGGGAGUGGAAAUAGCACCAGUCCUGGGGUGAAUAUCAAUCGCCCACUAUUUGAACGAAACAGUCCAAUAAGCAGUGGAAUGAGUCAUAACACAUCCACUAGCCCCAGGCAUAGUCCUGGGGCUCCAAGAAAGAAAAUCAAACUCGAAGAGGUACCCCCUGCCACUUCAGAGAUUGGAAACUAUAGGAAAUUAAUCUUAGAACAUAAACAUAAUGACUUGAGUGAAGUCAAAGAGAACUACACAGAACAUUUGACUGAGUUGUUCUUUCUACAAAAUGGAGGUAAUCUGAUGGAUUAUCAUCAGUGGAGGAAACGGUCUCCAGCACAGCUGACUCAGUUCUUGCGGUCAGGAGCCUUGGAUAGUGAAGAGGAGGAUGGAGGAAGGGAGACGAGGAUCUAUGACGAGGUAAAAGUUAUAACGACAAGUGGAGGAACCACGCCUAUUGCAACACCAGUAGCAAUUUCCACAACACUGCCACCAGCGGUCACAGCUAUCCAACAGCAAACGUCAGACCCUAAAAAGCCUGGAGGCAGGCAUGGUAUGGUAUUUGGACCCCAUCAGCCAACUCAGCCACAGCAACUGCCACAGUUACCUGGUGGUAUACCUAUCAUAUCAUCUCCAACCACACCGUCAGCCUCGUCGUCUUUCAUGUCCUCCACACCCCAGCAGACACUGAAGACUCCAUCACAGUCCAUGCCCAUUGAACAGACGGCCAUUGGAAAGUCCUUGACAGAAAGUUUGACUACACCAGCUCGGUUACUAAAUACUCCUCACGGUACUCCUUCCCAUCCGAAGAGUUCACCAAAGUCUCCAUUAUCUCCAAACUCGCAGCGACUGCACAGUACAAGACAACAUUCCAUAUCGGCGGUCUAUGACAGUGCCAUCGGAUCCCAGGAGGCUAUUGUGGAGAGGGCUAAGCAGGAAGCCCAGGUAAUGCAGAGGAUAGCUGAAUUGAGAAAGGAGGGCCUGUGGUCGACGCGGAGAUUACCAAAGGUCCAGGAACCUGCCCGAAACAAAGCUCAUUGGGAUUACCUGCUGGAAGAGAUGCAGUGGCUAGCUGCUGACUUUGCUCAGGAGAGGAAGUGGAAAAAAGCUGGUUGUAGGAAGAUUGCUCGAAUGAUCAAUCGUUACCACCAAGAGAAACAACAGAAAGAGCUACGUGCUGAGAAAGAGGAAGCAAAUAAAACGAAAAGAAUUGCAAAAACAAUGUCGAAAAUGGUGGAAGAGUUCUGGAGUAAUAUUGAAAAGGUUGUUCAGUAUAAACAGCAGUCUCGCCUAGAAGAGCGAAGGAAGAAGGCCAUGGACCUUCAUCUAAGUUUCAUCGUGGACCAAACCGAGAAGUAUUCGUCUUGGUUAACGGAGAACUUUACUGGCAGUGUGGCGUCAUCGGUUAUAUCUAGUCCUGGCGUUUCUGCAGCUGAGGAUGACGAGUUUGAACCUGAACAUAGUGAGUCCGAUGAUGAGGAAACCAUCGAGAAGGAAGAAAAGGAAAUGAGUGAGGCAGAUACUCGAACUGAGCUCGAGGAAUUACAACAGGACAUGAAUGUGCCAAUAGAGGACUUGCUGAAGUCGUUGCCCGCUGAAGUGUUGAAGAGACCCGCCAGUAUCAAAUCUAGUGAUGAUGAAGACAUGGAUGUGGACAAGGAUAAAUCUGACGCAGAAUUUUCAGCCGAGGAAGAUUCUGAUGAUAACGAAGAGACGUUGGAUGAACAAGAAAAACAUGAGACACCACAAUCACAUAACAAAGAGCUGCAGGAUCUUCAGGCAGAAUGUGCGAUGUCAGUGGAUGAACUGUACAAAAAGUAUUCUGGUGCUUACGAUAGCGAUUUUGAAUUUCCGGAGACGCCGAGUGACAGUGACGAUGAGACCGACAUUGACGACGGGGAUGAAGAAUCUGAUGAAUCUGAAGAAGAGGAAGAAGAUGAACCAGAAGAUGCCGAUGUUGGAAUGGAAAGUUUAUUUGAUACUAUUGAAGGAGAAACAAAGAAGAUGUCCAAGAAAGGAGAUGAUGAUGAGGGGCCAUCUUCAGAAAUGACUGAUCUUGCCGCCACUGCUGAGAGUUUACAACCAACAGGGUAUACAUUAGAAACCACUAAGGUGCAAACAAAAGUUCCAUUCCUGUUGAAACACACGUUGCGAGAGUACCAGCACGUUGGUUUAGAUUGGCUAGCGACUAUGUACGAACGACGACUCAACGGAAUCCUUGCCGAUGAAAUGGGUUUGGGGAAAACUAUCCAGACUAUCGCUCUUCUUGCUCAUCUCGCCUGUGAAAAAGGUGUGUGGGGUCCUCACCUCAUAGUUGUCCCAACAAGUGUGAUGUUAAAUUGGGAGAUGGAGUUCAAAAAGUGGUGUCCUGCCUUCAAGAUUCUAACUUACUAUGGUAGCCAGAAGGAGAGGAAGGCAAAAAGGACCGGCUGGACCAAAACCAAUGCCUUCCAUGUGUGUAUAACCUCGUAUAAACUAGUGAUACAGGACCACCAGGCCUUCAGACGAAAGAAGUGGAAGUACUUAGUACUUGAUGAGGCUCAAAAUAUCAAGAACUUCAAAUCGCAACGAUGGCAAACCCUCCUGAACUUCUCAAGUCAACGCCGUCUCCUGCUGACUGGUACCCCUUUACAGAAUCAUCUGAUGGAGUUGUGGUCGUUGAUGCAUUUUCUCAUGCCGCAUGUGUUCCAAUCCCAUCGAGAUUUCAAGGAGUGGUUCUCGAACCCGCUGUCUGGAAUGGUGGAAGGCAGCCAGGAGUACAAUGAGAGUAUCAUUAGGAGGUUACAUAAGGUUCUUCGUCCCUUCCUGCUGAGAAGGUUAAAAGUUGAUGUGGAGAAACAGAUGCCCAAGAAAUACGAGCAUGUCGUCAUGUGUCGCCUGUCGAAAAGGCAACGGUUCCUUUAUGACGAUUUCAUGUCCCAAACCAAAACCAAGGAGACUUUAGCCACUGGUCACUUCAUGAGCGUCAUCAACGUGUUGAUGCAGUUGAGAAAGGUGUGCAACCAUCCAAACUUGUUUGACCCUCGACCAACUGUCUCGCCAUUCCAAAUGGAGGGGAUCACUUAUACUACUGCUUCACUGGUGCUAAAGGCAUUGGAGUAUGAGCCCUUGAAGAAAGUGGAUUUCUUCUCCUUGUACCCCAGCCUCGCUGAUUUGGAAGUGAGUCUACCAGCGUUUGCUGCCCACAGAAUCAAGAAGCUUCAAGCUCAGAAACCAUUGAUUGUUGAAAUAGACGAUCAACCAGAUCCACCUCCACGACCAAAACCAAUACCUCUCAAAUCCUUCUUGUAUUCUCGGAGCUCUUCACCGAGCGUGAUGACUGGGCGUUCAUCUUCACCUUUCAAACCAGUCCAGCAGCGCUCCAGCUCACCAGUGGUGCAGUCUCCUCUUGUCCGGUCACCAGCUCCUAGCACCGUCUCCCAGCUGUUGUCUACGCCCACACCAACCACAUUCAGUACAACAACUGUUGUGGUUCCAUCCUCCAUCAAUACCACACAGCCUGAACAACUGCCUGGAUACGUUGGCCCAAAAACAGCCAUGACAAGUGCUCCGCCCACCUCCCAACCGAUUACCGUGCAAAUCCACCACACACAGCAGGGAACCAGGCUCAUGAUUCCUUCAGGGCAGUUAUCGCAGCUUCCGGCUGGCUUCAUACAAAUUCUUCAGACAUCAAUGGGUCAGAUGGCCAAUCAGGCUGCGCCAUUACAAACAGUCGCUAAUAUGACAGCAGGGACGACACUCAGUGAAGCGGCAACUAUAGUAUCAUCUACACCAGUGGUGAAUGGUUUGCCACCUCUAGCCACCACAGUCACAACAGCUAGCAGCUUAGUCACACAAACACGGCCUAUUCCAGCAGUCCAGUUGCCAACAUCCAGUAGUCUUAUAUCCUCUUCAAAACCAGUGGUGAGGGUCUCGCCUAUGUCGUCGGACUCGUCCAACAGAGGGACCACAGCUAUUUCAAAUAGUUUGUUUUCAAAGACAUUUGCCGGUAGUGAUAAGCCGAAAAAAUCAGCGGCUGAAAAACUUCGAGAGAAAAAAAUGAAAUCUCCAUUCUAUAUGGAGGAGCUCAUGGACAAACAGCUUCAUAAACGUCGGGAAGUUUUAGAAUUCAUGGCGAAAAUGAACAAAAGACAAACAGAAGUGCGACCUGUGUAUGGCUAUGACUUGUGUCAUGCUGUGAACGUUUUAAACGACAUGUCGGAGACGAAAGUGCAUUGUAAUCGUUGGAAAGGUUUAGGUUAUGUGCAUUGUUAUAACGUGUAUCAUUCGGAUCAUCAAUUCUGGAGAGGAACCAAAGCCUUGACCAACAUUGUGCAGAAUCCAACCACAUAUCUCGAGAGGCUGCAGGAUAUCACAGAUAGGUAUGCAUUUGUCAUCCCGCCUGUGACAGCCCCAAGAAUCACAAUUCACGCGUCACAUCCUCCUCCAUCAUUCCGACAACACAAAGUGCUUGAAAGAGAGUUGGAAAUGACCCUAACUCCUGCCUCCAGAUGUUUACACAAGAUAAAAAGCAAGAUGAGCGUACAGUUCCCGGAGCUGCGGUUGAUACAAUAUGAUUGUGGUAAACUGCAGACAAUGGAUGUAUUGUUACGGCAACUCAAGACUGGAGGUCACAAGGCAUUGAUCUUCACUCAGAUGACCCGUAUGCUAGAUGUUCUUGAGUGCUUCUUGAACUAUCAUGGCCAUCGGUAUCUGCGCCUUGAUGGUACCACGAAGGUGGAACAGAGACAGCUUCUGAUGGAGCGAUUCAAUGCAGACAAGAGGAUCUUCUGCUUCAUCUUGUCGACACGAUCUGGUGGUCUGGGUAUCAAUCUGACUGGUGCAGAUACCGUGAUCUUCUACGACAGCGACUGGAACCCGACGAUGGAUGCUCAGGCGCAGGACAGAUGUCACAGGAUAGGACAGACGAGGGACGUACAUAUCUACAGGUUAAUUAGUGAGCGCACAAUAGAAGAAAACAUCCUAAAGAAAGCCAACCAAAAGAGAUUACUCGGAGAUGUUGCUAUCGAAGGUGGCAACUUCACCACUGCAUUCUUCCGCCAGAAUACGAUCAGUGAUAUAUUCGAAGAGCCGUCUGGUUUGGAGACAUUCGUGAAGGAGAAGAAUGAAAAGGAGAAGCGACGAGAUCGCGAUAAGGGUCGGAGAGAACGCGAGGAACGAGAGAAGAAGAAAGCUGAGGAGGAGAAGGAACGCAAGGCCAAGGAGGCUGUGUCAGACCUCGACUUGGAACAGGCUUUGUGUGCUGCGGAAGAUGAAACUGAUGUCCAAGCUGCUAAGACAGCGAAGGCAGAAGAGAAGGCAGAGCUGGCGGAGUUUGAUGAGACCAUUCCAUGGGAUGAGAAGGAGGCGGAGAGAAGGCAGGAGGAAGAGGAGGUGUCCAAGGUUGAGAUGGAGCUUGCUCAGCUUCAGAAAGAGCUUUCACCAAUUGAAAGAUACGCCCUGCUCUACAUCGAGGACCAGCUUGCCCCCUACACAAAUGAAGAGUUACAGGAAGCAGAGGAGGAAGUUGAGAAUGCUAAGAAGGACUGGGAACUUGGUCGCCUGAAGGCACUCAAGGAAGAAGAGGAACGCCGAGCUGCGAUAGAGGAGGAUGAAAUGCUCUUCACCUACACCAGGGACGAUGCUUAUAACCAGUACUUCAUCUCCGACAACACGGGAGAACACAUGCCAAUGUGGGCACCUCCCACUCCACCACAAGACGAUAAUGAUAUGUACAUCGACCACAGCAUUGGCUUCUUGUUUGAAACGACAGCCAUGCCCGAGUCGCAACUUCCAGCGAUCUACGUCAAGAAGGAAAACAAGAAGAUUCGGCUCGAUCCCACUGCCAUUGGUAAGUGCCAUAAAGCGCGGAAACAUAAAGUUCGCAAAGAAGAACAACCACGUGUGCCACGGUCAUUGUUUGAUCGUCCAACAGCAGCGUUACUCAAGAUGAGACGAGAAGCCAAGCUACAGAAAGUACGACAAGGAUUGAUCCACAAACCAUUGAAAUCACUGCCAAUCUUGAAUAAACCUAUCACAGAUACAUCGCAGGAUCAGCCAGAGUGGCUUAUUCAUGAGGACUGGGCUCUAUUACAGGCUGUGCAGACUUUGCUAGAACUUCCUCUCAAUCUGACGGUGGUGUCACCAGCUCACAUUCCUAACUGGGAUCUCGUUGCUGAUGUUGUUAAUGCAGCCAGUCGAAUCUACAGGUCGGCCAAACAAUGCAAGAAUCGUUACGAGGGCAUCGUGGUUCCUCGUGAGGAAGGAAAAAUACUCUAUGAUAUCAACCCUCGCAAACAGAAGAAGUCCAAGGGUCUGUACAAAGUGCUGACCAAGAACAAUCGUCCGAUGAGAACAAGCCAGCUUUUCCAUCAAGACAACAACGGUUCCAUCACCACACUCCACACCAUGCGUUUUGAUGCGGCCAAGUCAAUAGCAGCCAAACGUGUACCAACAUUACGCCCGACUUUAGUUAGUCCCACUCAGAAAAACCCCAAACAUGCUGCAGUGCUGGCUGAAAGUGGGGUGAUCUAUGAUACGCCACUGACUCCUAUACAGGUGGCAGCUAAUCGGGCUGAGAGGAUUGCCAAGGAGAAGAAGGCGACUGCUGAACAACAGUUGGCAGCCCAGAGAGCAGCUGCACAGAAGACAACACAAGUGGUAACGACAGUAGCGGGGCAGUUACAGCCUGUGGUCACUGCCACUGCAACAACUGUUAUGCAAACUGGCACAUUACCCAAAAUCGGGACCGGAGGAGUAACAGCUGUAUCUCUAGCUAGAAACCUGACUGGAGCAAGCAGUAUUGUGGUCAACACUGCUGGCGGUGUACCAGGCACAUCAUUUGCUAACAUCAACAAGAGGAUCAGUCAGACGGCUGUUGUUGGGCAGACAGGAACAACAGUGUCUGCUACACUUACCCCGACUGUAAGAGUGCGGACGGCUGGUGCCAUGACCGUACAGGAUAUCACAGCCAACCAAGCUCAGCUGCAGGCUCGGGCGGCACUCCAGACAUCUUCUGCCACUGUCAUCACCACCACGAUGACAGCUGCACAGUUGGCUGCCCAGCGUAUGCCUGUCAGCACAGUCGCUUCGUCCGCUAUUAAAACUGUCUCUCAAAGAACUGGCACCGUUCAGCAGCUCACACAGGCUACAGCCAAGAGUCUCACACCGGCAGUAGCAGCUCAGAUUCAGUUAUUCCGUCAACAAGCCUUGAAACACCAACAGCAGCAGCAGCUCAGAGCUCAGCAGCAACGUCUCCAGGGUGUUGCCGUCACUGGUGUCAGCGCUGAGCAGUUGAAGAGACUUCAGGCACAGCAGGCAGUCACCCAGGGCACUGUGACCAGCAUACAGAAGGCAGCAGGGACUCCUCUACUUACUGGAGUCACCACCAGUACCGUCACUGCCUCACAGAGAUUACAGGCCCAAAAGGCAGCAGGGUUGCAAGCAGUUCCCAGAAUGACCGAGAGUGAAGUGGCAGCAUUUCUGAACAAGAACAAGCAGCUUCAGACCCAGGUCAAGCCUGGUACGGUCACCACUGCUACAGGCCUCCAAGUCACGCAGGCACAGGUAAAAAAUAUAACACAAGGUCAGAUCAUGGCCCAAGUUCAACAGGUUGCCCAGUCUGGUGCCACAUCUCAACCGGUUGCGACACUGGUGAAAACAGUGCCCAAUCCUACCACCUUAUCCAGCGUGACACUUCCAGUCAGCAGUAUGAGCACUGUCAGUGUUGGAGGACUCAAUAUCAGUGUCAGUAUGCCGCAGCAGAAAACAGGGGCAGUGAAAGCGGCCACCAUUAGUCAGCAGCAACAACUACAGCGACAACUCCAGUUCCACCAAAUACAACAACAGAGGAAACUACAUCAACAAAAAGUCACAGCACUUGGUCAGCCCCAGGCUGUCGGGAAGGCACAGAUCCCUGGACCGAAUACCAUACAGAUCAUGCAGCAGCAGCAGAAGACAUUCACUAUGCAACAAAUCCAACAACUCGUCAAACAACAACAGCAGCAAGGCCAUGCGCAGACAAUACAACAAAUCAUUACGUCGAUGUCACCAGCUCAUACGUCAGGAACGACCGUUAUUGUGACGCAAGCACCACAAACCGUUACAAAAUUAUCUGUGCCUAAUGUGACGGUGCAGCAAGUUCGGCCGACAGCUCAAGUUACUUUAGGCACGCCAUUAACCUCUGUUCCAUCUCAAACAGUUCUGACUUCAUCUGCAUUAACUGUCGUGUCCAGUGGGGCAACAACAUUACCAACACAAUCGCAUAUAAAACUAACAGAUCAAAUCGUGAUAACGCAGGCUAAGCCUGUUGUGACAACGCCUGCACCAGUUGCCAGUGCCACUAUACAUGUAGCUGGUGCAAGCGAACUGGCUGCAAAGAGUCCUGCUGUGUUGCAUACUCUCCAGCAACCAACUCUACAGGCUCCUACCACACCCACAGCGGCCACAGUUCAUACAACUGUAGAAACGACGCCAAUCAUUUUACAGAGUGCUCCACCAGCUGUGUCUCAGGUUGAGACUGUACAGACGUCUGUCGUCAGUAAACAACAGCAACCAUUGCAGAGUCCUGGGGCCGGGCAGCAGCAGCAGGCUAAGACAACACCUUAUACCAUGAGGUUAAGGAACAAUCCACCAAAGCAGAAUUAGUCUCUUAGGAGGGAGUCUUGUGUGUACAUUUGUAAGUUGGAUAAUUGUCAUUGGGGUAGGUCUGGUUUCUGUAUCAUACUUGAACCUUCAGUUGUCCCUGAGUUUCACUCUGAGGGUGUAGAGGGGGGGGGGGGGGGGGGUACUCUCAAGUGCACUGCAGACACUAAAUUGUUAUUUUCAUUUGCACCUGAUUCGCUGUGAAGUGCAUGUAGGUCAGUUCUAUUUCAUUCCGAUUGGGAAUGUAUGUACUGCUUUGUAAUCUAGCCUCCUUGGAACAUUUUGAGGUAUAUCAUGUAUAAUUUAUUUUCAUUGGCACUUGGGUAGUGUCAACAAUGGUCAUCUGUUCAUGUUAAUUUAUUUUUGAAGAUAUUGCAUGUCUUAUAAUACAGACUCGGAUUAUUAAUACUAUGAGGUUCUAUUUUAAUGUUUGAAUCUUUCUGCCACUGUUAAGAUGGUUGAAUGAAGGUUUUAUUCGUUUCAUGAUCUGUAUGAAAUGAGAGAUGGAUAGUAGUGCUACAUUCAUUAGGUCAUGGCUUUGUUAUAUCGAAUCCAAAACAGCCCGUGCAAUUUGAUCGCACCAUCUUCAUAUGGCUUGAAUACUUUAGCUUGAAUUUCAUGUCUCUUUAAACAUAGAAAAAUAUUUAUCCUGAAUGGAUAAGAUAGAUAGCUCUGUGGUUAACAGGAUCUGUGUCUUCACAGGAUCUGAAAACUUCAAGGAUUGGUGAGACUUGUAACACCUAUACAUGUACAUGUAAUUGUAAAGCACUGUUUUCUAAAUCAUUUGACGUGUCACGUUAUUCAAAUGUUUAAAAUGGGUUGAGUCCUUUCCUUUAGGCAAUAUAGGUCAAAAAAUAGAAAAACUAAUUCAUCAUUGUAAUGAAAUGCAUGUUGAUAGAUCCAGUCUAUUCAUCAUUCACUUUUAUAAAAAAUAAAGCUUUUGUACAGAACUUAA